CCCCCCCUCCCCCCUUCUCACACAUCUGCACGCCCAUCUUGCCUCCUCUCUCCCUCCCUUCUUUUCUCCCCCUCGCCGCCCCUCCGCCCGCCUUGCCGCACGUCCACACAAACAAUGUCAGGGCAAAUCCAGCUCCGCCUCCUGGCCGACCAGUUUUACCUCGGGGACACCCGCGAGGCCUUGACCUAUGCCAAGCGCCUGGCCGUGUUGCCCGGGACCUCGCCCCUGGCGGCCACGCGUGAUAUCCUCACUGGUCGGGCUAUUGCCGCCUCCGGCAGCCCUGUCCCUCAGGAGCUCGUUGGUCAGUACCCCAUCCUCGGAGCCCUGGGCAACCCGAAUGUCGUGCCCGGCCCCGAGAGCACCCAGCCGCUGAAGACCGCCGAGCGCCUGCUGGCCGCCACACUGGCUGCCUCGCGCCAGAGCUCCCCCGAAGCUGCCUGGGAGCUGCUGGCUCCGUUCGCCGAGAACCCGGGGACCUCCUCGGAGGAUGGCGGCCUGGCCACCGCCGAGGCUGCCGCCCUGGCCGUGGUUCUGCUUCUGCGCCUCGGGCAGGUGGAAUCCGCUCGGGCCACCCUGGCCGAGGUGAAGGUCCAAGCCCAUGCCGAUGACUUGUCCCUCAGCGACUCCGAGGAAACCAUCAUUCGCCAACUGGCCGAGAUUUGGGUCACCCUGGUGGCUCGUGCGCCGCCCUCCGUGGAAAGCCAGCGCUCGGCCUUCUUCACUCUGCGCGAGCUGACCGAGCGCUUCCAGGCCACCCCGAAGCUCCUCUGCGCCCAGGCCACGGUGCACCUGGUUCAGGGGAAUCUGCGCGAUGCCGAGCACCUUCUCCUCGAAUCUCAGAAGCUGGACCCGACCAACGAGGUCACGCUGGCCAACCUGUUUGUGGUUGCCUCUCAUUUGGGCCGUCCGCAGGCCACUCUGGACGAGUACCUUAAGACGCUGAGUGAGGUGGCCCCGAAGAACCCGCUCCUCGGCGGAUUGAUGACUUUCCCCGCCACCGGCCCCGGCGUGCCCACAAUCACCGAAAGCCAGGUGACCACCUUCGACCAGCUCUUCGAUCAGGCUGCUGCGCGCAUCAGCGGCUGAAGGGUCUUUGCUUUCCACUGGCACGCGCAUACACACAUAUAUAAGUACAUGGGUGUGUGUGUGUGUCUAUUUUCCACACGGGCGUGCGUGUCUCCUCCCCCAGAUCUCGGGGCAUCUCUCGCAGAAGCGACUUUGCCCGCGCUUCCCCCGCCGCCUGGGUCCCAUGUCCACAGAAGCCCCCCUUUUCUGCUGUUCGGGCACCCGCCACCCCUCACACAUGCGAACACACGCACACGCACACA